CUCUGAUUGGGAAAGUUCAGUCGUGUUUGGUAGAGCGUUACUCUGGAGUAUGUCGUUGCCCAGACUGGAGCGUUACAUGGAACCGUUACAGUCGUUCUAGGCCUUACAUUUGUGAAAACGUUACAUUGACAUGUGCAGGCGUGUUACACAAUCGUUCUGGUUGGAACAUUACAUUAUCUUGGGCUGCAGGUCACAGUCGUUCUGGUUACACUUCACGGGUAGGUUUAUUUUACCAGCCUGGACCGGACCGUUACUUUCGGGAUGAGCUCGGCAUUACAAUGACACUGACCGAAACGCUACAUCCCCACUUUAAUAAGCAUUACCACAGGGACCGACCGGCAAAUGUCAACUGACUUUCGGUUUUUCUGUGAUGCCCUACGAAAGGUCACCAACGGCAAACAACAGAGUAUAAAAUGCUGGAAGCAGACGGCUGGGUCAGCAUGAAAGUGGGGAAGAAGAAGGUCAGCCAGCUGACCCCUCUCUCUUUCUCUCUCUGACAGUCUGCUGAGGCAUCGUGCUUCUACAUUAAUUAGUUGGGGAACUAGCGACCCUGCAGCUAAUCACGACGGUCGCUUGAAAUUAGCUCCAAUCCUGCGGCCACGCCAGAGCGCGCCGGCGAGGGGUUAGCCGAGACUGCGGCGGAGAGUGGUCUCACCCCGCAUCGCACACAGCAGUUCACAGGCGGCGCGCGCGCGUGUGAUGUGACUGCAGGGAUCGAAUUUCGGUCUCUCUGUCUCUCUAGUUACAUGGAGCAUCAUCGCCUGUCUCUUGCACUGAACAAGGCUCGCCACUGACAGACACCCAUCGUCCUCAUCGUCCUCAUCGUCAACGACAGUUUGUGACCCCGGCGAUCGUGGUGCUGUGUGGGAGAAGGUCACGUUAUUUAUUUAUUUUUCUUGUGGACCGAACUUUUUUUAAUGUCCGACUAAAAUUUGAACACAGAAAGGAAUCAACUUCCAUUUCCGUCAUUGGUUCUUGCCGUCCCUUGGAGCUCAUUAAUUAGUCGAGGUGACUGUCCAAGCCACGAAGUCUCCAAGUACGAUCAUCCUCGAGUCCUGGUGAAAUCAGGCGUGAACAUAUCGGUUCACAUUAUCUCACACUCAGGAAAAAAAAGUUUACAUCUGAUAUAGGACAAGAUAGACACAUCCGUGUUUGCAAAUCUGGGAUAUCAUCGAGUCUCGAUCUCGUGACCUAGGUUUUGUUCUUCCGCCUGCGGUGAUACUUCCGGAACCUGAGCUGAACCCAAAGACGAUUAUCUAUCUCAGACUGCUCUGGACUGUGAAGAGAUCGUUUCCGCUUUUUGGUUUUUGGUUUUUGAAAACGGCUGUUACUGAGUAUACUUUGAACGUGAGUUCGAAUCUUGCAACUGAUGAAAGGCCUUUAAAUAGUUUGUAGUUUAUAGAUGAAAGCAAGGAGAAGUCGAGCUGAAUUUGAGUCAUUAUAUUUUAAUCUUUAAAAAAAUUCGCCAAGUUCUUCGCUUUCUCCACUCGCACAUCAGUUGUAUCAUUGAAAACAGUUUGGAAAAAAAAAUACGCUUCAUAGUUCUACUUAUUCACGACUAAAAUUACUUAGAAAAUUUCUUGUUAAGUAUGUAGGACUGUCCGCCUUUCAUGUUCAGCUCAUACUCACUGGUGUAGUAGGAGAUACCUUCACGAAGAACUGCAAUUUAAUCUCUUGUACUAAUUUCAUUCUUACCUUCCUUCUUCUCUGAAUGUUUUAGACCAACGAGAGAGAGAGAGAAAAACAGUCAGACGGGGGAUACAUGAAACGAGAAGCUGUUUUGUUUUUUUUAACUAAGUUAGUCUUUCUCUCUCUCGCACACUUUGCUCACCUUGCGUCCAGGACUGUUUAAGAAGGAAGGAAGCAGUAACCAUCCAUGUUGUAAACUGCUCAGCAAUUCGACUGCAAGCUUCUGUAAACAUUUUGCUGGGUGAAUGGAGGGUAUUUCUCCCAGUUAUCAUCACAUGUUACCUGGCAGUGCAAAUGCUCAACGACAAUUUAUUUUAAGACUAAAGUAAGCAUUUUGCCUGGUCUGAAAGUAACCACACUCUCCUUCUUCGUCUGUUUGGUUACCUGUGCUUGAAGAAGUCUACCUUGUGUGCGAUCAGUGACAUCUUAGCUUUUAACAUCGGUGUAGUGCCUUGCGGACAGACAAUUCCUGAAGAAUUAUGGUCAAGAACUUUGUGAGCGUUCAUCCAGAGAUGAGCGCCGCCACAGUGCUGCGCCGCCAGUCCUCCACGUCCAACGAGAAUGACGUGAGGAUGAGGAACAGCCGGGGCGGCACGGGACCAGGUCAAGGUCCAGGGCAGAGUCAAGGUCAAAUGCUGGACUCACCGCCCUCUUCCCCAUCCCAGCCCACGGACCGCGGUGCGCGCGUGUGCUGCUUCUGCUGCCUUGCGGUAAAGAGCGGCGCAAAUCAGCAAGAACGCAACAAAGAGGCCAAGUUGAACCCCAUGCCAGAGAAGGACGAACCCUCUGACGUGAAGAGCCGCACAAAUAAGCAAGAACGUAGCAAAGAGGCCAUGUUGAACCCCAUGCCAGAGAAGGAUGAACCACCUACUUUGGAAGAACUCAAGUGCUGGGGAGAAUCAUUUGAAAAACUCAUGAAAUGUACAGGUGGACGUAAACUGUUUCGAGAAUUCUUGCGCUCUGAAUACAGUGAAGAGAACAUGCUGUUCUGGCUGGCUUGUGAGGAGCUGAAGACGGAGAACAAUCCAGAACUCGUGGAGGAGAAAGCGCGCUUGAUAUACGAAGAUUAUAUUUCUAUAUUAUCACCGAAAGAGGUUAGUCUAGACUCCGUGUAAGAGAGGUAUCAACCGCAACAUGGUGGAGCCCACUCCCCACACCUUCGACGAGGCCCAGCUGCAGAUCUUCACCCUCAUGCACAGGGACUCGUACCCCCGGUUCCUCAACUCCCAGCUGUACAAGAGACUCUUGCAACAAUACUCCUCC